GCACAUGCUUGGACGGUGGCCCGUAAAUAACGAUCACUUUUUCCUUUAAGAUCGAAAGCUCUUCGUCAAGUUCAACGCGCCUUCUUGCAAAAGCUGCGACCGUCUCCCUACGGUUCCAUACCAUCCGGUUCUUCCCCAUUACCGGCAACUCUCAACUCCUUCACUGCCGUUCUUACCGUUCAUAGACACUCGAUGCUUCCACUUCAAUCUCCCCGUAGCCAUUCUCCAAAUCCUUAAGUUCUUUCUAGGGUUUUUUCUUGCCGUCGCCAAACGCUUGAACUUUCCAAAUGCUGGGCCCCAGCCGUCUCGGCUGCGGUGGAGGCGGCGCAGGCGCCGGAACAGGAACCGGAACCGGAACCGGCACUGCUUGGUCCACGCCGCCGCAGUCUCCCCGGUUCCGUCACGGCCGCGCCAAGAGCUUCGGUGGCCGCAAGGUUCACUCUUUGGUGGAGCGGGUCGUGUAUGUUAUGAUUGCGGCGGUUUUUCGGCAGCGGGGGGUGUUGUUGUUCGCGCCGCUUUUGUACAUUUCAGGAAUGUUGAUGUAUAUGGGUUCUUUGGGGUUUGAUGUCGUGGUUGUUAGCAAGAGUGGUAGCAGCAGCGGCAGUGAGGACCAGCCGCGAGGGUCAGUGUAUAGGAGUCCUGAGGUGUUCGAGAAGCUUUGGCCGUAUAUGGAGGGCAAAGAAAACGGGAGCUCGAACGCGUUAAUGACUGUGUGGCACCCGGAAUUGCGUCAAGGAUGGAAGCCUUGUGUAAAGCAAAGGUUACCUCAAGCAGGCAUUUCAGAAUUGCCAAAGUCUAAUGGUUUUCUUAUAAUUGAAGCAAAUGGUGGGUUGAAUCAACAACGGCUAUCGAUAUGUGAUGCAGUUGCUGUGGCAGGACUACUUAAUGCCACUCUUGUCAUUCCAAUGUUUCAUUUAAAUAGUGUGUGGCGAGAUUCCAGCAAGUUUGGGGACAUAUUUGAUGAAGAAUAUUUCAUACAUGCGCUUGGAAAAAAUGUUAAUGUGGUCAGGGAGCUCCCUGGCGAUGUUCUUCAGCGGUUUGACAAUAAUAUAAGCAACAUUGUGAACCUGAGAGUAAAAGCUUGGUCAAGUCCAACUUACUAUCUCGAAAAGGUGCUUCCCAAGCUUGUACAAAUGGGGGCUGUACGCAUUGCGCCUUUCUCCAACAGAUUGGCUCAUGCGGUUCCUCCAUACACCCAGGGGCUUCGAUGCUUGGCCAAUUUUGAAGCGUUGAGGUUUUCACAGACCAUAAGAAUGCUUGCAGACAAUAUGGUUGAGCGGAUGAUUAGAAAUAGCUCCAAGAGCAAUGGAAAAUUUGUCUCUGUGCAUCUUCGGUUUGAGGAGGAUAUGGUUGCUUUUUCAUGUUGUAUAUAUGAUGGUGGUGAGGAAGAGAAACAUGAAAUGGAUAUUGCACGUGAAAGAAGUUGGAGAGGAAAAUUUCAUAAAAGGGGCCGAGUAAUAAGACCAGGUGCAAUUCGGAUGGAUGGAAAAUGUCCAUUGACCCCAAUGGAGGAUUUGAAAAUGAGGAAGACGAUUGACAUGGGACGUGAGGUGGGAAUGAUGCUUAGGGGUAUGGGCUUUGACAACACCACUUCAGUUUAUGUUGCUGCUGGAAAAAUUUACAGGGCAGAAAAGUAUAUGGCUCCACUUAGACAAAUGUUUCCACGCCUAGAAACGAAGGAUACACUAGCUUCACAAGAAGAACUUGCUCCAUUUCAGUUUCUGUUUCAGGGCCACUCAUCUAGGUUGGCUGCACUUGAUUACACGGUUUGCCUUCACAGUGAAGUAUUUGUUACAACUCAAGGUGGAAAUUUUCCCCACUUCUUGAUUGGUCAUAGGCGGUACAUUUAUGGAGGGCAUGCAAAGACAUUAACACCUGAUAAGAGGAAAUUAGCACUACUAUUUGAUAAUCCAGAUAUCAGCUGGGAGAAUUUUAAGCACAAGAUGCGAGGUAUGCUUCAUCACAGUGAUUUGAAGGGAAGUGAAUUGAGAAAGCCCAGUGGCUCACUCUAUACAUUUCCAAUGCCCGAUUGCAUGUGUAACCAAACAGAAGCACUGAGAUCUCAGGGGGGGUGAAUUGAGGAAGUCCUCUUGCUUAAUGUCUACGUUCUCAAUGCCCCAUUGCAUGUGUUUAACCCGACAGAAGGAAAAGUGGAUACACGGUAAAACCACAGAAGGAAACCUGAAACUUGGAAUAUAGAAGUUGCUUUUACGAAUACGAAUUUUCCCAUCAGUGAUUUUCGACAUAUCAUUCAAAUUAAUUCUUUCACUUUUAUCAAGGGUGGAAGUAUUUAUUUUUUAAUUCUUUGAGGGUCAUUGGCUCAGCUGUACUUGGCUGUUUGAUGCUUCAAAUUCAUUUGUAUAUGAUACAGCAAGAGCUUAUAUGACUUUGAAGUACGCUAUUAACAAAUUUAUGGCAAUUAAUCUUCAUAUUGCCCUUAUUUUUUUUCGCAACCUGAAUAAUGUAUGAUAUUCUGCUUUUUUGUGGUCA